AUGUCUCAAAACACCGAAGCCUCCCAGACUGCUCAAGAGUUUAUUGCAAGUCAAUUGCAGCUCGAAGCCGACGCGCGCGAGGCUCUCCCAUAUCAAUUCGACACCUGCACAAAGCCUCUCGGUCCACUCAGACAGGCCAUCUUUGCUUGUCUGACAUGUAAUCCGCCACACUCCUCAGACGACAAGUCCCACACCCCCGCCGCCGUCUGCUACUCGUGCAGCAUCUCAUGUCACGGCGAACACGAACUUGUCGAACUCUUCACCAAGCGCAACUUCGUAUGCGACUGCGGUACCACCAGAGUGCCCUCAUCCGCUCCAUGUACUCUACGCAUCGACGAGUCCACAUCCCAGAAGGGUAAUGUGACCGGCGAAACUCCCCAUGAGAACAACAAGUACAACCACAACUUCUCUGGUCGCUUCUGCGCAUGUGGUGAACCGUAUGAUCCAGAGAAAGAGAAGGGUACCAUGUUCCAAUGCUUGGGUCUGGGUACGGUACAAGAUGGUGGCUGUGGAGAAGAUUGGUGGCACCCUGAGUGUCUGAUGGGCUUGCCGAGACCUCAACCCUCCGAGAAUGUGAUCAACCAAGAGUCAAAGCAGCCUGCACAGGAUGGACAAGUCGUUGCACAGCCCUCAGAAGGCCAAGAAGAUGUCGACGAGGCACCUCUACCACCUGGUUUCCCUGCCGAGGACGACUUUGAUCACUUGAUCUGCUACAAGUGUGUCAGCUCCUUCCCCUGGAUCAAACAAUACGCCGGCCAAGCAGGCUUCCUCGGUCCUAUCUUUCACAAAUCCUCUUCCGACAACACCGAGACUACGACUGACGAGACUACAAAUGAUACAACUCUGCCACCAUCGACCGAGAGCAAGAAGAGGACCGCCCAAGACGAUUCAGAAGUUCUCACGUCUAAGAAGACAAAGGUCGAACCUGAGGGUCAUGUCGCUUCCGAGACCGUCACAUCCGACCCUACAAGCACAAAAGCCACCGUCAACGACGCCCCUCUACAUACCAAACUACCCCCAGCUCCAUCCGGCACCUUCUCCCUCUUCCUCAAACAAGACUUCCGCACACACAUCUGCCGCUGCCCCUCCUGCUUCCCCAACCUGAAAUCCCACCCUCAACUCCUCGAAGAGGAAGAGGCCUACGAACCCCCCGUCUCAGAAAGCGACGAUCAAGAAGCUCAAAACGGACGUGGUGGCAGUGUAGGCUCGGGAAGCACCUAUGAACGCGGCGAAGCUUUGCUCAGCAAUAUGGAUCGCGUCAAGGCUAUCGAGGGCGUCAUGGUGUAUAACCAUCUGCGUGACAGGGUAAAGGCUUUCUUGCAGCCGUUUGCCGAGAGUGGACAAGCUGUUGGAGCAGAAGAUAUCAAGGCUUAUUUCGAGAAGCUGAGAGGUGAUGAGGAGGGCAUCAGGCUCGCUGGAGCUGGAGCUGGUGCUGCCGAUGACGAGCAGGGAGGUCGCUAG